AUCGCUGGACUCGGUUCACCCAGAAUGAUUCGCUCGGAAGUUGGACAUCAUCAGGCACUCGGCGAGUCUUCAUGAGGAACGCACGAGCAUCAAUAGCAGUUCUUGCACCAGUUUAACAAACAUUUUCUAUCAGGGUUUAUUCAGCAACUACCAAUAAACAGAAUAAAGUUAACACAUAUGAGGAUUAAUAACAAGGAAGCGAAAAGUGGAUGUAGAAGAAUGAAUAUAUCAUGUUUACGCACGAUUUUCCUCUUGCUGUCAGUUUCAUCCUUGCAUGACUGUAAUGAUUCGGCACAGGGUUGCAUGGAUAAGAGCAGAGCGAUGGGCGUGCUGCGUCAGAUGGAGAAGUUCCUCAAAGCACAGGAGGUCCGGUUUACAGAAGGGCUUCGAAUUAUGAAGUCCAAACUCGCCAGUCUUCAAAACUCUGUGUCCAAGUUUCCACAAUCAGACCAGUCCUUGUCUCAGCUCUCGUGUCCACCUCUGAUGGCUCCGGCCCACGGGAGGAAGUUCGGCUCGAAAUACCUGGUUGGCCAUGAGGUCCAUUUCACAUGUUCUCAGGGUUUUCGCUUGGUGGGGUCGGGGACACGCGUGUGCCAGGAAAACGGCACCUGGAGCGGAGUCGCCGUCAUCUGUAAAGAUGUGAGCGUCUGCAGCAGUAACCCGUGUAAGAACGGUGCCACCUGUGUGGAGACCCUCAACCAGUACAAGUGCACCUGUCCACACAACUGGAGCGGAAACCACUGCCAGUAUCAGACUCAAACAGCUCCUCCAGAAUGGAGCGUUGUGAAUGAUCCGGCCUUCAGCCGCAAACCUCGCUGCGCAAAAGUGGACCGUGCCCAGCACUGCAGCUGUGACGCCGGCUUUCACAUGAGCGGAACCUCAGACAACAGCAUCUGUCAGGAUGUGAAUGAAUGUGAGGUGUUCAAGAACGAGCGUGGAGGACCUCUGUGCGCUCAUGUCUGCGUAAACGUCCCAGGAUCUUAUCACUGUUCCUGUCCCACCGGUUACAAACUGCUCGCUGAUGGAAGGAGCUGUGAGGAUGUGGACGAAUGUCUUACGCAACAGCACAACUGCAGCCGCGGCACCACCUGUGUCAACACCGGAGGAGGUUUCCAAUGCGCCAACCCCGAGUGCCCGCGCUCGCACGCCAACGCCAGCUAUGUCAAGACAUCACCUUUCCAGUGCGAAAGAAACCCCUGUCCCAUGGAUAGCCACUCAUGUCUGUUCGCCGCAAAGACCAUCUCUUACCAUUACCUAUCCCUGCCCACCAAUCUGCGCACCCCCGCCACCCUGUUUAGCAUGGCCACUGCGACCCCCCCGGGACGGCCAGGACCGGACAGCCUCCGCUUCGGCAUCGCCGGAGGAGGUGAUGCCAGGAGCUUAUUCGUCAUGCAGCGCUCAGACCGUCAAACCGGUGAGCUGAUCCUGGUUCAGCCGUUACGUGGACCUCAGGAGCUCAGCGUGGAGGUAGAGAUGUCUGAAUACGCUGACCGCACCUUCCAAGCAAAACAUCUGGCUCGAGUCCAUCUUCUGGUUUCGUCCUAUGAGUUCUGAAGAGAUGGAGGGGUACGGUCGCAUGUCUGAUCUUGAAGGAAACGGUUCAGAGGGAUGAAUGUUUUCAUUUGGAGGGUCUGAAUGAUAGAUUUGUUCAUAGACUCAGCUCUGGUUUUGAUGUUGACGUGUCUAAGAGAUGAAAGACGUGGACGGCAGUGUAAAGUAACGCUGAUUUUCCAACUUUAAUGUACUCACACAAAAAUGCUUUUUACUUGCUGGUACAUUUCUGGUUAAAGGUAAAGCGUGUCAUUUUCCAUCCCAGUUUUCAUUUUUAAAGACAGUGAUGAAUAGACUUAUUACCUGGAUAUCUGAAGAGGGUAAACACUGUGACUCUAUAGUAUUGCUCUGUUUGUUUGAGCUCCAAUAUUUACCAUAUGGCUGUCAAAACAAUAGAAGAAACAAUCCUGAAAAUGACACCUUAUCAAACUUUAAACUGACAAUUUACAGCAGAUUCCAUUAGUUAUGGUCAAUAUUACGCCUUCUUGGAUUUGCAAUGAUAUUAAAACAAACGUUUAUGGGUUGCAUUCCACAUAAAAAAGACUUUAGAAUACUUCAAUAUUUACGUACUACAGUAGAGUGUGAAAAGCUACCAAAGUCUUUUCAAACCUUCCUAUGGUAAAUAUUAAAGUGUUCUCCAGUGCAUCAAUUCAGUACAGCUAAUGCUAAAAAAUAAAAGCUAACACUGGGAUCACAACAAAUGCGAAUUAAGCAUUUUGGGCGAGUAAAGUACAUACAAAGUCAAUGCAAACACUCGAACUCGUCACUCACGUAAAAAUAACGAACUAUGUCUGCGAGUUAUAAAGAGAGUGGAACGUGAUUGUUUGCGUUUGGUGUGAACCCUGCAUAACAAAAUGGAUUCAAUAUUUUACUAUAGUAAAUAGUACAUUACCUUCUAGUUAAAUAACUCACUAAACAAACAACAACUCACUAACAAACUAAAGUUAAAACUACACAAUAACAAACAUUAACAAAAUGACUAUUAUAUGCUACAGUUAACUUUAGUAAAUACUAAGGUAUACCACAGUAUUUUUAUGUGGAACAAUUCCAAAAGGUGACUUUUUUAAGUGCAUACGCUGCAGGACAACAAGCUUUACCAUUCGUUGGGUCCACUAAUGCAAACAACAUGAUAAAAAUAAACAAUGGCUACAGUGAAUAAGCGCUCAAGAAUUAAUACACGAAGACACAAAAAUCGAAUAAACCUGAGAAACAUAUUGUAAGAAAUCGCUUGUUUUUAUGAUCUUUGUUAAACAGACAAACUUCUUCAGCUUGAAUGAAUGUUUAAAGUUUAUUUCCGCUUGUAAAUGUGCACCGCUGUCAAACAGACCUCAACAACAGCACAUUUUAGCAUCUACAUGAAUUAUUGCAUAGUUUGAAUCUACGUUUAUGUAUGUGGGAUGUUUUGUAUUAAGAAUGACAAUAUCUCAACAUUUUCUUAACAGAUAUAUUACUGUUCAUGUUUGCCUGGUCGUGUUCAUGUAUAUCAGGAUUUGUAUCGGACAAUGAAAUCAACUACAUGAAUUUUAUUUCUCUGUCCCAAACACCUUGAACUUCGUUUUCCUUUGUAUUUUAACACUGUUUGUUGUUCUUGCA